AUCAUAUAUAUGAGCAAAUCGAGUCUUUGACGCUUGCGUCCAAGAAAAUUCAUAUUUAUCAGGACCUUGUUUAUUCGCGCUCGAUUCCUCUUCCUAUCACCAUCUCUGUAAAUAGAAGUCCUGAUUUUUUUCUCAUUUUUCAAAUUUAAAAAAUAAAUUUUUGGUUUUUUAACCGUGAGUGAAAUUUAAAAAAAUUUUAAGUGAAAUUUUUUCUGUUCCUUAUUUUUGGAAAUUAUUUAAAAAAAUUUAAAAAUGAAAACGAUAAAUCUUUAAGAGGUGAAUAAAUAAAGAGACAAUAGUGUAUGAAGAAGGUGACAUGAAUAAAGAUAGUGAUGAUGAUGCUACAGAGAAAACUAAAUAUAGAAUCAAAGAAGAGCCAGGAGAUUUUUUUGAUUUCGCUUCAUUGCAAAUACUCUUGAAUAGGGUAAUAGAUGCUAAGUAUCAAACAAUAGUAGCCUCCAACAAAAAUAAAUGGUACAAUAUAUUGGGAAGAAAGUCUCAUUGGAAUGCGAGAAGUAGACCUCAUUGUAAACACUGCGAGUGUUUCCACCAGAGCAACGACGAACACGAAAUCAGACGUCGCCGUAGGAUAAAUCGGAGAAACCGACGGCAUGACAAAUAUUUUCAAGAUGAAGAGGAAGAAAUAGAAGAGAUGGAAGGAGACAUUCUUCUUGGUUCUCCAGUCAAACAUCAUAAUUUAUACAAUUUUGAUGAAGAGAGUGAGAGAGUAACGUCGGAAUUAACAGACAGCCGUUUAGCUCAGAGAAAUUAUAACUUUGCUCAUACUGUGGAUAUUUAUGAUGAAGAAGACGAUACACUGCGUAAUUUAGACUCGCCUAUUGAACUACAGAGUAAUGAUAGUGUGACAGAUUUAUCGGGUUUUGAUGGAUCAGAACAACCUUCAUCUCCACAGCAAAAGCGAGCGCUUAAUUAUCCCGCCGAGUAUCCAGAGUUAUACCAAAGUGCCUACUUUACACCUAGCGCUGAAAAUUUAAAAAUAAUGUAUGAUGACAAAGAUUACAUAGCAGUGGAUAUAGAGGAUGAAUUAAAAGAAUACGAUGAUUUGGACGAGUACGAGACGUCAUUCAAUGUAAAUAAAAAUUUACCAAAUGACUCGCAGCCAAAAGAGAUGUCGGAGAGAUAUCACCGUGACCGAAGAAAGCGUAAAAGAUACAGAAAUGAAGACUACGAUGAGAUUCAAGUGCUGCCUGAUGAAGAAGAAGAAGAAGAAGAAAAUCCCGAAGUGCCCGAAGUCUAUUUAGAUCCCAGCGAAAUUUCUCCCAGAGCUAAGAACGCUAUCGUCAUCACUGCCUGCUUUCUAUUAGCUUUGUCAGUUGGCGCCGUCGUUGCUACCCUCCGCAUGGCACCUAUUAUCGACGAUAUGGUGAGACUACAAAAUGAGGAACUCAUUAAUUCAUUGCAUCGUCAUGCAUCAACUAUCACUAAUUCUACAAUCCCGCCAUAAUAAUUUUUUUUCAUUGACUGUGAAUGCAAGAACGUAAUUACGAGUAAAAUGAGUACCCACAUAACUCUAUUUAGACUAGAUACAAAAUAUGUAAUUUUUAUAGAUAAUUAAUCUAUGUAAUGAGUAAUUAAUAAAUCUUUGUAACAUAUCGAUGUGGGUACUCAAUUCCACAGGAAAUUUUUUCAGGAUUACAAAAAUAAUAAUUAUUGUUUCGACAACUUUUUUUUUUUCUUUAUAAAAAUUAAAAUAAAUAUAUAUUAGUUUGUUAGUUAAAAAAGCAUUUAGAGUGUGUAAUUAAUAUAAUAAUUAUAAUUACUUAGUAAAUAAAGUUUGUAAAUUGAAUUCUAAAAUUAAAAAAAAAAAGUCUGUAACUUAAAGCCGGAUCAUAGAAAACUUAGAGUGUCUAUUAAUAAUACCUCUCUGUCAAAUAAUGACAUAUAAUGAAAUUACAGUCGCACCAAAAUACUUUCGAGUUUAAAAAUAUUUUUGUAAAAUAUAUUUUCUUUUUCAAAGUAAUUAUUGAUAAAUAAUUAUUUUCAUACUGUUUGUCUUUAAGUAAACUUGUGACAAUCUAGUCAAAUAAAUUUAUAAUAUCUAAGCAAAAUCACGACAAUCAAUUUACUGUCAAUUAAUCGAAUUACACAUAUAUAUAUAGAAUAUAUAAAUAUAUACAUUUAUUUAAUUUCUUAAAAUAAAGAAUAUGAUUCCCUCUAAAAUGAGUACUGACAUGACAUAGUUAGUGUUUAAUGCAACUCCAUAUAUUUAUAUGUAUAAAUAUAUAUGUAUUGUAAAAAAUUCAAAAUAAAUAUGGCAUGUGGGUACUCAUUUUAAAGGACAUUAAAAACUCUAUCAGAACAUAUAUAUAUAUGUAUUUUUUUUUUUCAAUAGUGAGUGAGUAAUUAGUAGAUACGUAAUUAUCAAUUUAUCGGCUGUUAAUUAUUCCUCAAUUUAAGUACAUGAUAAGUGAAAAUAUUAAUAAAGAUUAGACAAUGAAACUAGUUUAUAAAAAAAAAAAAUUAUGUGAAAAUAGAUGUAACAGAAAAAUAAAAAUAGUGGGAAAAAAAAAUAAACAUCAUUAUUAUUCUUUUAUUUGUAUAUUGUAUAAAUGCAUUCUUACAUACAAAGAUUUUUUUAUAGUAACAAAGUCGCACCCUGCUUCAAAGGGACUACGCAGUAAAAAAUGUAUUUACUAUUUUUUUUUGUUUUUUCGGUGGUGUGGGAAUUUGAUGGAUUAUUUAUGGCCUUACUAAAUUCGUGAGAUAGUUUCCGUCAGUUUGAGUACCCACAUCACUAUGUUUAGACAAAGUUGUCAUUAAUCACGAAUUAAUCAUUUUAAUAAAUUAAAAAAUAUAUCGUUUGGAGUAUUAAUUUAUCUCAGAAUCACUUCAACAAUACAAAUGUGACCCUUAUUAAAAAAAAAUAUCCAAAACCCAUUUUACCCCAACUUAUCCAGCUUCUGACCAAUUUACCCAAACAUAGCCUUCCGGGUACUCAUUUUACAGGAAAUUGAAUCAGUAUGUCAUAUAUCUAGGCCAUUUUUAUUAGAAAAAUUCCUGGUUCCCACUAUUAUACCUCUUUACUAUCGCAAACUUUCUACCGAAUUCUCAAAAUUGAUAAAGAUCAUCAAUAAAAAAAAAAUAAUUCGCACCCUGCCUCAAAGGGAUCGUAGAGAGUCUUGCAGUAAAAUAAUAACAAAAAACUUAUCUACUAUAGAAAUAACAAUUAAUUAAUUAGAAAUUAAAAAUAAAUUUUUUUUGCAUCAGGGUCACGUUAAAACGUAAAACAAUCAUAAUCGUUUAAGGUUUAUAGUCAGUCGAUUGCACCCUGCCUCAAAGGGAUAUAAAUAUGUAUAUUUUUUUUUUAUAUCUUUUAAUCAAAGAUGUUAAAUAAAUAAAUAUAAAAACUUAACGAUUAAUUAUUAAUUAUUAAUUAUCAUUUAAGUUUGUAUCGUCUAUCAGUCUCAAAAAUAAUUACACCCUGCUUUAAAGGGAUGAGAUAUGAUGGUCAUGCUUGCUCAGCACUUUUUUUUUAUCGUUUUUUUAACCCUCGAUGCUGAAUUUUAUAAUUUAACAUUUGAUUUUAUUAUUAUUAUUUUUUUCUUUUUUGAUAUGAAUAAUU